GCGCAGAUUGAGGCCAGUAUUUAACCGCACGACGGCCGCGCAACGACCUGUUGUGAUCCCGUCAUGGCGCGCUACGCCCGUGUCGCUACUCUGGCCGCGUGCCUCUUGUUCGCCUGCGCGCUUGCUGAUGGUCACCGAUGGCGGCGACAAGCUGACGAGACGGCAAAGAAAGAUGAAAGCUUGGAACAAGAACUAUGCAAGGACAAGGACGCCGGCGAAUGGUUCCGGCUGGUGGCCGGCGAGGGCGACAACUGUCGCGACGUCAUCCAGUGUACUGCCUCGGGAAUACAAGCUAUACGUUGCCCGGCCGGUUUGUUCUUCGAUAUUGAGAAACAGACCUGCGAUUGGAAAGAUGCUGUGAAAAAUUGUAAGCUCAAGAACAAGGAGCGUAAAAUAAAGCCUCUCUUGUACACUGAAGAACCACUCUGUCAAGACGGCUUCCUCGCUUGCGGCGACUCUACUUGCAUUGAACGCGGUCUUUUCUGUAACGGCGAAAAGGACUGUGGCGAUGGAUCUGAUGAAAAUUCUUGUGAUAUUGACAACGACCCAAAUAGAGCUCCGCCAUGCGAUUCCUCGCAGUGUGUCCUUCCUGACUGCUUCUGCUCCGAGGACGGCACAGUGAUCCCCGGCGACUUACCCGCCAGAGAUGUCCCUCAAAUGAUCACUAUCACCUUCGAUGAUGCGAUUAACAAUAACAACAUUGAAUUGUACAAAGAGAUAUUUAACGGCAAGCGCAAAAACCCGAACGGUUGCGAUAUCAAAGCCACUUAUUUUGUCUCGCACAAGUACACUAACUAUUCUGCCGUCCAAGAAACUCACCGCAAGGGUCACGAAAUCGCAGUUCAUUCUAUUACGCACAAUGACGAUGAACGUUUUUGGAGCAACGCUACUGUCGAUGAUUGGGGCAAGGAAAUGGCCGGUAUGAGAGUUAUUAUUGAAAAAUACUCUAACAUUACUGACAACAGCGUUGUAGGAGUUCGCGCACCUUAUCUACGUGUAGGUGGCAAUAAUCAGUUCACCAUGAUGGAAGAACAGGCAUUCUUAUACGACAGCACUAUUACAGCACCUUUAUCAAACCCCCCUCUUUGGCCUUACACCAUGUACUUUAGGAUGCCCCACCGAUGCCACGGAAACCUUCAGAGUUGCCCAACCAGGAGCCACGCAGUAUGGGAAAUGGUAAUGAACGAGCUUGACAGACGUGAGGACCCAAGCAACGACGAAUAUUUACCCGGAUGUGCCAUGGUAGAUUCUUGCUCUAACAUUCUUACCGGUGAUCAAUUUUAUAACUUCCUCAACCACAACUUUGACCGUCAUUACGAACAGAACCGAGCACCUUUAGGACUUUAUUUCCAUGCAGCUUGGUUGAAAAACAACCCUGAAUUUUUGGAAGCUUUCUUGUAUUGGAUAGACGAGAUCCUUCAAAGCCACAACGACGUUUACUUCGUUACCAUGACACAAGUGAUCCAAUGGGUACAAAACCCACGUACCGUGACUGAAGCCAAGAACUUCGAGCCGUGGAGAGAAAAGUGCUCCGUCGAAGGAAACCCUGCAUGCUGGGUACCUCAUUCCUGCAAGCUCACUUCAAAGGAAGUUCCUGGAGAAACCAUCAAUUUACAAACUUGUUUGAGAUGCCCAGUCAACUACCCCUGGUUAAACGACCCCACGGGCGAUGGCCACUAUUAAGGAGCCAUGAUCUCGAGCCCCACGUGCUCUAUUAGUUGAUAUUGAUUUGGUGUAGUAGUUGCUCGAAAUACAUAAUAGUAGGUAAUGUAACUAAAGCAAUUUUAUCUGACGAAUAUGUUUUCGAGUAAGUUCAAAGUGUACCGGGUCAUAAUCCCGCCCGUAGUCUAAGUACCUAUCCUAUUGUAUGUAAUAUAGGCUCACAUGAAUAUUUAAUAGGUCUGUUUUAUACUUUAUGUGAUUUUCUACUGUAAGUCUGUUUAAUAAAUUAAAAAUACAAAACAAAUUA